CUAAAUGUAAUAAUUGUGAAAGUUUAUGUAAUGAAAAUCUUGCAAGACGCGAAGAACACUUAAAAGUUUGUGAAGAAAUAGAUCCAGAAAUUAAACAGAAAUAUUUUAGUUCCGGUUCUUCUAGUUAUCAACCC